AAAAAGAAAUAUCUACAUAUAUACAAUAUUUAUAUUUAUGUAUAUAAAAAUAAAAAAAAAGAAACUAAAUAUUAAAAAAAAAAAUAAAUAAAAAACGCGGUCUAUAAUCGCUUUAGCUGGUAUCGCAUGCUCGAUUUAAAGUUAUGGUGUUGUUGUUGUUGUUUACAGACAUACGAUAUAAACUAAAGAUUUUUAUAAUUCUUUCGAAAGAUUAAACAAAUAAUUUAUGAAUCCACAAAACUUAAAAAUAAAUAAACAAAUACUCGUACAUAUAGAAAAAAGAAAGAACUACUAGCUAACAAAUAAACUGAAAAACUUUUUUAAAAGAUUCUAACCGAAAGUAAGAGGAUUUUCUACCGUCCACGAAACUCACAGUUUAAGCGCCAGAGUUUCAAAAUAUUUCAUUCAAAAUUACGCUCAAAUAAAGAAUAAAUGGCCACAACAAAUCAAAAUCAUCGAAAACCGACAACCGACGAACCGGCUGCCUCUGAAUCUUUGGUAAACAAAGUUAUAAAUGAAUCAGAUGAAGUCGAUGAGGUCGAUAAUUCAACAGCAGCUGUUGUCAUACCACCCGAUAGUGGCUGGGCUUGGGUGGUUAUGGUAGCUUCGUUCCUUUGCUGCACAGUCAUUGAUGGUAUCGUCUUUAGUUCCGGCCUCAUACAGGGAGCUCUGAUCGCUGAUUUUCACGUGUCCAAAGGUUAUGUGGCGUUUGUGUCAUCAUUGCUCAGUGGUUGCUAUUGUAUGGCUGGUCCAUUUGUAAGUGCUUUGGCCAAUCGUUUUGGUUUCCGGCCAGUAACUAUUGCUGGUGCUCUUUUUGCAGCUGUCUGCUUUGUCGUGUCCAGUUAUGCUACCAGCGUGGAAAUGCUCUUCAUAACGUACGGCAUUUUGGGAGGCAUUGGCUUCUGUAUGGUCUAUAUACCGGCUGUGGUAAUUAUUGGUUUCUAUUUUGAGAAAUGGAGGGCUUUGGCUACUGGUAUAGCCAUGUGUGGUUCCGGUGUCGGUACAUUUGUGUUCGCCCCCUUGACCAACUACAUGUUGACUGAAUUUGGUUGGCGUCAAACUAUGAUGUAUCAGGGUUUCAUUAUCAUAUCAUGUGCCGUAUUUGGUUUGGCUUUCAGACCCAUUCAACCACUUACAUUGGCCGUGGUCGAAGCUGAAGACGAGAAGAACAAAUUGAAUGGUCACGGAAAUGCUGUGGCACCAAAACCACAAUUUGCCACCACUGCAUUCAGCAAGCCAUUACCCGAAGGACGUUUUGCCUAUUCCAUGCCUAAUUCAGCUCACAAUACCUACAUGGGAGCUUCGCCAAAACACCACUACCCUACUGCUGCUGAAGUGUUCAAGGGUGUAAAUAUGGAACGCAGACUAUCGGGCGUAUCUGGCAAGGGCACAGAAAUGAAGAACUUGCGUAAAUCUCAACCAACUACACCCAAUGGCGAUACUCAACAAAUGCCAUUCAAUCUCAAUAAGGAACUGACCACAGUGGGCGAAAAUGAGGAAGAAACCGAAAAUGAAAACUUGUUGGAGACUGAGGCUAAGCCCACCAUCGUACAAGGCCGCCGUCACACCGUUUCCGGCAGACGUCCACCAAAUAUUGGCAGUCGCAGCAAUGUUGGCUCUCAAGACGCCGUCAACACAAGCGUCAGUAGACCCAUGUAUCGUGAUGAUAUUUUCUUCAGCGGCUCCCUUACACGCAUACCACAAUACCAGUCACAAUCUUCUUUGGCCUAUCACAUGUCCGUCACCCGUUUACCCACCAAACAAGAAGAGUUGGAAGUCCGUUCUAAGGGCUGCCAUCUAUGUCCCGAAGCUGUACGCCGUACAUUGUCCACCAUGUUGGAUGUCACUCUAUUAAAAUCACCCUCAUUUAUGUUGUUGGCCUUCUCCGGUUUCUUAACAAUGAUGGGUUUCUUUGUUCCCUUCACAUUCUUGGUGCCCAGAGCUGAAAUGGCAGGCAUGGACACAAGCUCGGCAUUGGGCGUUGUAUCCGGUAUUGGUUUGAUCAAUACAAUUGCUAGGAUAUUGUGUGGUUUCGUCUCAUCCUUCCCCAGUGUCAAACCGUUGUGGUUGAACAACAUUGCCAUUACGGCUGGUGGUAUUGCCACGAUUUUCAGUGGCAUCGUCAUCACCACUGCCAGUCAGUGGACGUUUGCUGUACUUUUCGGUUUAUGUAUUGCCUGCUUCUCAGCGUUGAGAUCUCUUAUUGCUGUCGAAAUGAUUGGUUUGGACAAAUUAACGAAUGCUUAUGGCUUCCUGAUGUUGUUCCAGGGUAUAGCUGCCACCGUUGGCAGUCCUAUUGCCGGUGUUUUAUAUGACAUGACUAAGAGCUAUGAUGUUUCGUUUUACUUUGCUGGUGGCCUAAUAUUGGUGUCGGCCUUUUUGUGUUAUCCUCUGAACUGGGUGGCCAAUUGGGAGAGGAAGAAGAAUGAAAAGGCAGCACAAUCAUUACCUCAUGCCUAAAUAUACAUGCAUAUGUAUAUGAAAUAACAUAAUUACUGAAUUCCUAGACUUAAAGCAUACAUAAAACAAACCGAAACAUAAUUAUAAACAAAUUAAAGGAGUAAAAAACAUAAAACACAGUUUAUUUAGUAACUAUAAAUAUUUAAUUUAAUGAAACAGCCUUUUCUCAUACUAAACUUUUGAUUUGAGAUACAAUUUGAUUUUUUUAUUGUUACACAUCUUUUAAUUUUUUGUUACCCGUAUUAACAUUUCUAUAGCUUUUCAGUUAUGACCCAAAUAAAAUACUAUUUUGCAUUAAGUUAUUAUUAAAUAAGCAGAAUACAUUUUAAAUAUAUAAAGAUACAUCAGAGGUUUUUUUUAUUUGGAAAAUUUUCAAACUAUUUGAACCUUUGUGUGUGUAAUAGAUUAAACUUGCCUAAUAAUAUUGUUUUAUAAAGAAAAAAGGGUGAUCAAAUAAGACUGAUACAACAGGUUUUAUGAUUUUUAUUUCAGAUAUUUUUUUUUUAUAAAUAUUUUUAAUUAAAUGAAUAUUAAAUAAAACUAUACAUAUGUAAACUAUAAAGAAAAUAAUAAAAAGAAAAAUUAAUUAAAAAUAAUACUUUAAGAUCCCUUUUAACAUUAAAAUUUAAAGAAAUUUUGAAAUUAAUGUUUCAAAUUCUAAAAUAACAUGUUGCGAAAUAGAGUCACAUCACAUACAUACAUAUAAAUACAACUUUUAUUUUUUUAAAUGUAACAAUAUACAAGUUUAUAUUAUUUUGUAAGAAGUCUUCGUAUACUAUUUGAUCCCUUUUACAGAUGGAAACAAACAAACAAAACAAAAAAUAUAAGUAACAAAAACAAAAAAGUAGUUAUUUUUUAGACAAGCUGUUGAUCAGCAUUUAGAAUAAAACUGAAACAAGAAAAAUCAAUUAAAUAUGUAGUAUUUAUAUAGAAAGUCGGUAUUAAUCGACCAUUUAAUAAUCUACAGCAUAUAGGAGUUCAGUUCAAAUCUCUCUCUGCCUCACAAAUAUUCAAAAAUUGAACUUUGACCCGGCGGUGUAAUCGUAAAUGUAAUAAUGCAUGUCAAAAUAAUAUGAUGCGUUGAUUGCAAACAUUUGAGAUUGAGACAUCACUGCCUAACAUUUGCAUUAAUGAAAUUUUUGUUUAUGUUGCAGUGUGCUGUAAUAUUGCAUUUAGGAACCUCCAAGUAGUCUGAUAUUGUCCGAAUAUUUAAACAUUUUGAAUGUCUUAACAAUAAACAAUAGCUUCCUGAAAUCAAACAAAAACUAGCCAAUGCUUUAGAUUAUUAACCCCAGAAAACUGAAAGAAACUUUGUGUCAAAUAAAUCAUCAUCAAAAACUAAGUGCCUUCCAAUAAAUGUUGUUAAAUAUUAUAAUUAAAAUCAUCUACAUAUAUUUAAAUUUAUGAAUAAAAUACACUUAAAAGCUUGUACUUCAUAUUGUUGCUUUUUUUACUAUUUAAAUAAUAAUUUAUAUUUAAUCUGCUGCAAUAAUAGUUUUUCAUUUUGGAAAUAGAAAAAAUAAUUAAUUUCAAGGGACUUACUUUAACCAAUAAAAAAAAUGAGUUAGAAAAUGCGUAAUUUUAUUGUUUUUAUUUUUAUUAAAUAAAUACUAUGUAGUAAGUUUAUUUUACUGUUUAAUAUGAUUUAAUUUAAACAAGUUACAUUUUUAGUUUGUUUUUAAUAUAAAAAUUCAAAUUACACUAAACUAAACAAUGUUGUUGAAUAAUGUAACAGCAGCAGCAGCAACAGCAAAAACAGUAAACACAGCAAAAUGUUGUAAUAUAAUUUAAAUAAUUUUGUAAUGAGUUUUUAAGAAGAGAAAAAAAAUGUAUCCAAUAAAAAGUCUAAACAAACAA